GGCUGUCAAUCACUUGGUUCCUUCCCCCUCUCCGCCUCACAAAGCGCCCGAGACCCAUGGCCGCCGUGGACUCGGAGCCGACGGAGCAGCAAUGAGCGAGGGAGGGGAAAACGAAAAAGCCUCGGUUUUAGAUGUAAGCCAGGAUGGGAUUUGAGCGGGGUGGGUGAAGAGAAGUCUAAGCGCCCCCGAUUUUGACAGGCCAUGGCACCAGGAGAGGUUCUUCACUUCCAGUUCUUCCACCACGAGUCGGCGACCCUGAGGAAGAUGAACCAGCUCCGUGUGGAGAAACGUUUCUGCGACGUGACCGUGGUGACGGGGCGGCUGCGGUUCGCGGGCCACCGCGUGGUGCUGGCCGCGUGCUCGCCGUUCCUGCGCGACCAGUUCCUGCUGCAGCCGUCGCGGGAGGUGCGGGUGGCGCUGAAGGACGGCGCCGAGAUGCUCUCGCGCCUGCUGCUCUCGUGCUACACAGGCUCGCUGGACGUGCCGUGCAGGGAGGUGCUCAGCUACCUGACGACUGCCAGCUACCUGCAGAUGGACCACGUGGUGGAGGAGUGCAGGCGAGCGCUCUCCGCGCGCAUCGACCCCCGCAUCAAGCUCAGGGAUGACGACGUGACCGUCGGGCCGGAGGCACAGUGUUGUGCUCGAGCUGAGGCACGGGCCCAGCAGUUGGCCGAGUUCAGGUCGGAGCCCGAAAAAACCGAUGACGUUUACGUGAUUGUGGAGGCGGACGGCCCAGUGGCAGAACCUUCCGGAAGCCAGCCCAGCGACCCCCGACAGGAGGCCCACCCCGACCUCUCCGAGUCAGCCGAGGAUGACGCUGUGCUGAUCAGCGGUGGCUCCUCCAGCGACGACGACAGCAACUGGGCGGGCGAGAAGAGCGCAGCCCCCGUUACCGCCAGGCGGUGGGCAGCCCCCCACAGCCACCUGCCCCACCCCCGCCCCGCCUGCCCCCAGCCCAUUCACUGCAGUGAGUGCGCGCAGGCCUUCCAGCAUCCGGAGCAUCUGGUGGCCCACAUGAAGGCCCACAAGCUCUUCAUGUGCCCCAGGUGCGGCAAGGUGUUCAACCAGCGGGUCAACCUGACCCGCCACAUCCAUGUGCACACGGGCGUCAAGCCCUACCUCUGUCCCGUCUGCGGCAAAUCCUUCACCCAGAACCGCUCGCUCAAGGACCACAUGAACCUGCACAGCGGCGCCAGGCCUCACUGCUGCCACUACUGCCACAUGAGCUUCGCCCACAAGCCCGCCCUCCGCCGCCACCUCAAGGAGCAACACAGCAAAACCACUGCUGACAACUGCAAGUUGGCCCUCCUCGCCAUGGCUGGCACUGACACCGACCCUUAACCCUGUAAGACCUAUGAAGUCUUCUUCACUCCUAACUACCUUUGGAGUCUCUCUUGCUCUGCACAGUGCCAUCCGAGUCUCCUUCUCAACUGUUGUCAGUGUUUCUCUCACUGUGGGUUACAUUUGGGAUCUCCCUCCCUGUGUAGUCCCAACAAUGUCUCUCUCACUCUUCACUGCCUUUGGGUCUCCUUUGCUCUUCAGAGUCCUGUUCGGUUCUCCCUCACUGGUUCUGGUGUCAGGGUCUACCUCACUCUCUGGUCCCCUAUUGGGUUCUCCCUCACUCUGUGACUUGUGUCACGUUACUGUGCGGGCUCCCUCAAUCUGUAGUCCUCCACUGGGGCCUCGCUCACUCAGUGGUCUCCAGCUGGGGCUUUCCUCACUCUGUAGUCUCCCAUUGGGGCUCUCCCUUACUCUGGAACUGGUGUCAGGCUCUCCCUCACUUUACCAAUUGCUACCAUGGCGUCCAACGCUCUGACAGCUCCUCUCACGUUGUUUUUGAGUGUAGAGAGCAGAAGAACGGAGAAAGGCUUGUCUUUCCAUCUCUCCUUGUACAAUCUCAGAAUAUGCCAAAGAGCUUUACAGCCAAUGAAAUACUUCUUAAGAAAAAGUAACUCUUGAGGUGUGGAAAAGCAGCAGACAUUCUGUGCAUCGACAUGAGAAUGGAUGGACCGUCUGUGUCUCGUAAAUGAUGUUCAUUGAUGUUUUAUAUGUUUUUGUCCAGAACAGUGGGGAUAGAUUCCCUGCUUUUUCCGAACAGUGCAACAGAACGGGCUGAUGCAGUUAUGGUUUAACAUCUCAUAUGAAAAUUGGCACCCCUGACAGUGCAGCAGUCAAUAAAUGUUUAUAAUGAGAGCACCAGCUGAGAUUUUGAGGGUCAAGUGUUAAGAGUGGCAUUCGACCUCAGAGCCAAUAGUGGUACCCACAGUGACACAGCUCCUAAAAGUAUUGUCCUUAGAUGUAGAAUAGAACAUUUUAAAGUUUAGAAGUUCUCCUGAAGGUGCCCCUUACAGUGGGAACUAUUUAUGGAUGUGAAUUUAAUCCAUGUGACUGUAUCUUAAUUGACAAUUGAUUGUUGAAUUGGUACCUCUGUUAAAGUACACUUAUCCAGAAUUACAAUACGUAAUGAACUAUUUGCAUCUUUCAAAUUUGGGCUUUUUUUUAGCACUGUUCAAUACUUUUAACACAGAUUACCUCCAUUUCCCAAUGUCCUCAGUUUUUUCAGGUUUUGCUCUUGGCUAUUAAUCCAGAGAGCAUAAUAUUUUCAGAAUUUGUCUUAAAUUAAACCUCCUGGCAUUUUAAUUGUUUUAUUAUUAAAAUUGAAUGAGGAUCUGCUGUGUGAAAACCAACCAGCUUGCUUCUGUCUCCUGAGGGAAGAAUAUCAUAGAAUCCUGAGAUGUUUGUAGUGUAAGAAGCCAUCUGGCCUGUCAUGUUUGCACCAGCUCUCUGAAGGAGAAAUUCACCUACUACCACUGUACCUGCAGCCCUGUACAUUUUAUUUCCUUUUUAAAAUCAAUUUGCCCUUUGAAAAGCGCAAUGCACUUUCUGUCUAACACUCCCAUGGGCAUUCCUAAUCCAAAACAUUUUCUUUAUUAGAAAGUCUUUUUCGCAUGUUUCCAUAGUUUAUUUUGAAAAUUCCCUUAAAUCUGUGUCCUCUGUCUGUUUUGUGAUCCUUCCAAAACUGGGAACAGAUUUAUCCCCCCAUCUGCUCUGUCCAGACGUCUCAUGAUUCUGAAUUUCUCUAUGAAUCUCGUCUCAACCUUCUCUUCAUCAUCAAAAUCUGUCUCAAUAUAUUCAUCUAUCUAGGUGAAGUUCCAUAUCCCAGGAACCAUUUUGCGAAUCUUAUCUGCACCUUUUGCAGUGCCUUCAUAUCUUUCUAAAUGUGUGGUCCUCAGAAUUGGAAGCAGUACUCAAUUGUGGCCAAAUAAGGGCUUUGUAAAGAUUCAUCAAUGCCCCUAUUUAUGACGUCCAUGAUAUUGUAUGCAUUAUUAACCAUGCUUGACUUGUCUGCCAUGUUUAAUUACAUAUGCACAAAGAGACCUAGGCUCACAUGCUACAGCAGCCACUUCUAGUUAAAUACAGUACUCUACUUAGCAAAAUGGAUCACUUCACAAUUCUCUGCAUAAAUCUGCAACUGCCCCAUCUCCCUAUUUCACCAAUUUGCCUCUGGAUUUUCACUAGGCUUAUAAUGCAAAGGUCCAGACUCUGGAGUCAUUCACAGGUUCAAAUCCACACAUGCAUGCAUCCUCCCCCAGCAUCUGAUGGAAUUUAAAUUUAGUCAAUAAUUCUUAAAAAAUAAAGCUAAUCUCAGUAAUUGUGUCUCAAAACAACCAUUAAUUGUUCGCUCAUGCCCUAUAUAGAAGGAAAUGUACUAUCCUGAUCUUGACUGGCAUGUGUGUACAAUAUGGAUGACUCUUAAAAGUUGCCCCAACAUGCUGCUCAAUUUCAAAGGAAGGUAGUAUGGCGAACAAAAGCUGGCCAUGCCACUGA